AUGGAAGAAGAAAAUAUCAACGUUGACGAAUUUGUUUUUGAAUCGCUGUUAGAGGAAUCGACAACGAAAAUUGAGGAAAAGGAAGAUACUCUAUGUUCAUCAGGGGUACUGGAUAUGAACAAACUUUUGUCUGUAAUAUCGUCACAGUUUCAGGCGCAGACAUUAGAAAUAAAGGAGAUGAAAUCACAGUUUGAAGCGCAGGACGCGCGUUGGGCAACGCGACUGGAAGAACAGGAAACACGCUUAACAACGAAGUUGUCCCAAAUAACAGAGCAGAUAUCAGCACAAGUAACAGUACAGUUGAAAGAACAGGACGCACGUGUAUCACAAGUGUCCUCACAAAUGCAGGAACUAAAAACGCAGAUUUCAGAAGAGCAAGAUAAAGUUAAAGCUGAUGUGGAAGAACUGAAAGAUCGUCUCCGUGACCUGCAACUAAAUCGACCAAUGGUCUCAACAAGUUCUGUCAAAGUCAACACUCCAUCAUUUGACGGCACAACUCCGUUCCAGAUUUUCAAACUCCAAUUUGAAAAGACGGCAGAUACGAAUAAAUGGAAUGCGGAAGACAAAGUUGCCCAAUUGUUCGUGGCUUUAAAAGGGGCUGCUGCGGAAAUUCUACAAACUAUACCCAAUUGCGAGUCAAGCAGUUACGAAGCGUUGAUGGCUGCUGUAGAAAGACGGUAUGGAAGUGAGCACCGGAGACAAAUUUUCCAAAUCGAACUGCAAAAUCGCAAACAAAAAGCUAGCGAGUCUCUGCAAGAAUUUGCUACGGAAGUGGAAAGGCUAGCUCACUUGGCUUAUGCGCAUAAGUCCGCAGAAUAUAUAGAGGAUAUAAAAAUCCACAGUUUCGUUAAUGGUAUACGAGACGAGAAUACGCGCUAUUCUGCACUAGCAUGCCCAAAAUCGACAUUUGCAGAAACAGUGUCUUUUGCUCUUACGCACGAAACUGCCUCUUUACUUAGUAACAGAACAUUUAAAGCUCAUCGUGUAGAAAUAGAAGAGCCUGCCUGGACGAAGAAAUUUUUGGAAGAAAUGCAUAAAAUGUUGGAGAAAUCUGGAGAAACACGUAAGAAAAAUGAUGGUGUGGUUAAAUGCUUCAACUGCGGGAAAGGCGGACAUAUUGCACGAAAUUGUAAUAUGGAAUCGAAUCGACCCAAUUACCUAUCCGGACGGAAACGCAUAGCAGAAGAAGACCAACCAACUCUGAAAAGCACCCAAUCGUUAAACUAA